AUGAAGGAUGAGGAGCCCCGCUACUUGGACAACAUGGUACUGAGGUCGUCAUCGGAACUCGGGAGUGUCAUUGAUGGAAUGGUCAUGAGUCCUCUCCCACGCGUAUUGAAAGGCUCGUCGCGCUUGUCCAUUAAGUCUUCUCCCAACCCCCAACUUAUGUCUUCCAUAAUUACAAUUCCUACUACUGCACGAGCAGCUGUCAUUGCUACGAUAAAGGAAGAUCUGGUUAUCAAGGAGGUGAACGUGAUACAGCCCUCGGAACUCGCAGCAGGGGAAUGUCUCGUCAAGGUAGAAUAUGCUGGUUGUUGUCAUUCGGACGUCCAUGUCAAGAACAAUGACUGGGGCCGUACACAGACUCCCGUCAUUGGUGGACACGAAGGAGUGGGCCAUGUUGUCGCCAUCGGUGCGAAUACAGUCGGAAGUCCUGUCAAGGUUGGGGACAGGGUAGGAAUGAAGUGGUUCGCGAACGCAUGUCUCAAAUGCGAAAUGUGCCGCUUGGGCUUUGAAUCUUGUUGUACACUCGCAAGGCAACAGAGCCAUGGAAACACUGUAGAUGGGACGUUUGCAGAGUACACACGCUGCUGGGUCGAUUAUUUAACACCUAUCCCCGACGGUCUUGAUAGUGCUGCUGUCACUCCCCUGUUGUGUGCGGGACUUACCAUUUACAAAGCCCUCAAACUAUCCAAUGCAAAACCUGGGCACUGGGUUGCUUUGUCAGGCGCAGGCGGUGGUUUAGGACAUUUGGGUAUACAAUUCGCUGUAGCCAUGGGCCUGCGUGUUAUUGCUAUUGAUACUGGAACAGAAAAGAAGGAUCUUUGUUUGAAACUAGGUGCAGAAAAGUGGGUUGAUUUUGCAGAGUCAAAGGAUAUAGUCAAGGACGUUCAAGAAGCCGCGGGAGGUCUUGGUCCUCAUGCUGCAAUUAUCGCUGUUGGCAAUGCAUUACCCUUCAAUCAAGCAAUCAUGUACCUUCGCUCUGCUGCGACUUUAGUUGCUAUUGGCAUGCCGGGGCCUGCCAAUGGAAUUUUAAAUAUUCCUAUCGCACUCUUAGUCUCAAAGUGCCUCAACGUCGUCGGUAGUGCAACAGGAAAUCGUCAAGACAUGGCCGAAGCUUUAGAUUUCAUGGCGCGGGGCAAGGUCAACUGUCACCACGAAAUUCGAGAUUUCAAGGAAGUGAAUAACGCCUUGAAGGAUGUCUCGGAGGGGAAAGUUAAAGGAAGAAUUGUUUUGAAGAUCACAUCCUAA